AUGCAAGCAGCCGUUGAAAAUCUAGAUGCUUUAUCUAUGCGAAAUAAUCCUCUUGCAAGUCAAACAUCAGGUGUACUAAAAUCACCAACUUCUAUAAAUAAUAAUGGAUCAGGAAAUACGUGGAAAAAAUUUUUUGGCAUACAGCAACCUAAACAAGUUUCGCCAUCAAAUAGUAUAAAAUCGCCAUUUGUUGCAAACAAUGCAUCACAAAUUCAUGCAGAAGCUGGUAUUACGUUUAUUACAUCGAGAUUAGCCGUAUUGACAACGCCACGUGAACACACAUCUGAUACAUCGUCAUAUCAAACAACUGAAUCGAUUCGUGAUUUACUCGAUUCAAAACAUUCAAAAUCAUAUAUGAUUUAUUCACUUGAACAAUAUUCUAAUGAAGAAUUAUCUUACCAACAAGAAUUAUUUCAUGAUAGAAUUCAAAGUUUACCAUUGUUUAAUGAAAAAGUAUCACCACGUCUAGUUGGAUUAUUAUGGCUUUGUCAGAAAAUAACAUCGUAUUUACUUGAAUCACCGUCAAAUAUCGCUGUCAUUCAUUGUCAUGAAGCCAGAAAUCAAUUAGCAUUUGGAGCAUGUGCACUACUUGCAUAUCAUCAAACAUUUCUACGAGUUGAUCAAAUUAUUCAAUAUUAUGAACAUCAUCGAUGUGCACAUCCAUUACUAACAAUGUCACAAAAAAGAUACAUUCAAUAUCUAUGUGAUUUAUCAUUUGGUGUUAUUGAAAAACCACAUUUUACUGAAUCAAUUCUUACAAGCAUAACAUUGUCACCAGUACCACUUGUUAAUCGACAAAAACUUGGAUGUCGUCCAUUUGUUGAUAUAUAUGAUCAUGAGAAUAAAAAAAUCUUUUCUACAUAUCAAGAAACAGCUAAACUUCGAGAUUAUUCUGCAUCAGAUAACAAUUGUUGUAUUCCAAUAAAUAUUCCAUUUAAAGAUGAUUUAACAAUUCAUAUAACACAUGCAACUGUUAAUCAAUCAAGUCAGACACAUGCAGAUGGAAUUCGUAUAUGUGAAUUUACAAUUAAUUCAAACUUUAGUACAUUAAAACAUCCACAAUUAUCGUAUCUAAGCAACGAAUUGGAUGGAGUUGAUCAAAACGAAAAAUCUCCGUCGGUGUUUCGUGUUACUGUUAAUGUCAUGAAUUCACAACAAUCGAUGAUGAAAGAACAAGAUACAUUUUCAAAACAGUUGAAUCAUACAUUAAAGCAACCUUUGACUUUAUUUAAAGACGACAGUGAAUUCAAGCAAAAGGUGACUGAUUUCGCACGAAAAGAGGAUCCAAGAUCUCCUGAUUCCAAUUAUUCAUCAGUAUCGCGAAGUAGCAGUCGAAUUUCGGGUUCGUUUUCAUUUUCAACUCCACAAUCUCCAACAUCAUUUAUUAAUCCUUGGCAUAAUCCAUUUAAACAACAGAAAGAAACGAGUCCAACAUCAUCAAUAAGUGUUUCACCACCAUUAGUUAAAGUACAACACAACGAAGAACAAACAGCUAUGGGUACUCUUCUAGAUAUCGAAGACAAUGCUUCAAAUGAUCAAUUUCUACUUGAAAGAUCCAUAUCAUCUGAUAAACAUUACCAUGAAUUCAAUUCAAGUCUUGGUUCACAUACAAAUCUUCUGGAUGAUGAUGAUUUUGAAUCAGAUAAACCUUCUCUGCAGAGAAAUAUUUCACAAACAUCUUUACCACAACCUAUCAUGGCAACAACGGCAAGUAAUGCAACACAACACUUAUCUUCUUUAAGAAAACAAUCCAAUGUAGAUGUAGCAUCUGCAACAGGUGGUUCUAAUUAUAAUGUCUCUGUAAUAGACAACACUAAUUCGUCGUUUCAAUCACAACAAAAUACAGUUAAAUCAAAUCUACCUUCAAAUCAUCCCGAAAAAAAAACUUUUAAUAUUCAUGAUUUUUUUGGUGGUCUCGAUGGAUUAUCAAGGGAACCAAGAGCUAAACCUGAACCAGAGACGCCGAAUACACUAAGCAAUAUGCGGAGAGCAACACUAAUAAAAGAUGUUGACCCAAUCGUUCUCAAAGUUCGCGACUGGACUGAGGGUAAAAAGAGAAAUAUUCGUGCAUUGUUAUGUUCUUUAUCAAAUGUAACAUGGCCCGAAUGUACAUGGACGGGAUGUCAAAUGAGUGAUUUGAUAGCAUAUGAACAAGUUAAAAAAGUUUAUCGAAAAGCUGUACUUCAUAUUCAUCCGGAUAAACUUCGUGGUGACCCCAAUCAAGAAUUAGCUAACCUUAUUUUUGUGGAAUUAAAUGAAGCGUGGUCUCAAUUCGAACGAGAAUCAAAUUGA